CACACCUUCCUGAAGCCACUGGCUUGUCUGCAUCGUGGUUAAACCCGUCUAUCAUCCUUGCGAGUGCAGCAAUAGCCCACCAAGCCAUCUGCCUUGCUUUCAGCUCGAAGCGUCCAAUACUCACAAUGGCGACGGCCAAGUUGCUGCGAAAGGAGCUGCCUAAGCUCGACGAGCCCAUUGUCUCGUACCUCUCCGGCUAUGUGGAAGAUGUCGCGCUGGAUGCCGACCCGAACACGGAUCCGAUGGAGGAUGUGAUCAAGCCGAUGCUCGUGUCGGCCACCCUCACCGAUCGUGCUGCACAAAAGAAACUAGCUGUACUUUUCGAGCAAAUCUCCAAGUCCGUCGCAGAGAAGAUGCCCUCUUCCUCGGGGGGAGGCGACGCCGACGGCAGUGGCCCUGCGGGGCUGACCCGUCUCGAGCGCGUCGUCGACAUGCGAACAAAUCUCGGCGCCUCUAAGACCGCUGGCUUCGACUCAGCCGGCGGCGUAGACAUUUCCUUGGGCGGAACCAACCAGACUCGCUCGACAGUUGACGUCAAGAAACUCGAAAAGCAGGAAGCUAAGACGCGGCAAAAGCUUGCCAAACGCGCUCAGCGAGAUUUGUACGAGAGUAGCAAGCUGGUCGAGACGGCCAAGAAACAGGAAUCGUACGAGGAAAUGUUCCUCAAGGUCAACCCGCUUGAAUCGGUGGGCGCACGCGGCAAGAACAAGGACAUCAAUCUGCCUUCGAUCGAUCUCAGCUUCGGCUCGCUCCGCAUACUCAGCAAUGCCACCCUCACGCUCACCGGCGGCCGGCGCUACGGUCUCAUUGGGCGUAAUGGUGUUGGAAAGUCCACGCUGUUGCGCAACAUGGCGUUACGAGAAGUCCCUAUUCCCACCUCUGUGUCGCUGCUCUAUGUCGAACAAGAAAUUGUCGGCGACGACACGACUGCGAUAGAGGCUGUCCUCAGGGCAGAUGUGUGGCGGGCAAAGCUGAUGGAGGAGGAAAAAUCGAUCAAUGACGAGCUUCAAAAGCUCGAGGAGAGCGCCAAGGCGGCUAUCGAUGCAGCGCAAGCAGCCGCCAAUGCCGCAGGUGGACUGUCCACAGGUAGCGCUGUAGACUUGCCCACCAGACAGCGAGAGAACAAGCGGGAGGAAUUGUCUGCCCGCCUCGGUGGGGUGCAGGCCAGGUUGGUGGAUAUGGAAGCAGAAACUGGGCCGGCCAGGGCUGCGGCGUUGCUGUAUGGCUUGGGCUUCAACGAAUCGGAUCAGCAGAAACCGACAAAGGCCUUUUCUGGUGGUUGGAGGAUGCGUCUAGCAUUGGCUAGGGCACUGUUCUGCAAGCCGGAUCUAUUGAUGCUCGAUGAGCCGAGCAACCAUCUUGACCUCCCCGCUGUGGCUUGGCUCGAAGACUACUUGGCGAACGAAUGGACUGGGACGCUCCUCCUCGUCUCUCACGACCGAGCCUUCCUGAACCAAGUUGCGACGGAUAUCAUCCACAUGCAUAGCGAGCGCCUCGACUACUACAAGGGCAACUUCGAUCAGUUCUACGAGACGCGCGAGGAGCGUCGCAAGAACCAACAGCGCGAGUACGAAGCCAAUAUGCAGAAGCGAGCGCACAUUCAGGCCUUUGUGGAUCGAUGGCGCGUCAACGCUAACCGUGCCGCGCAGGCACAAUCGAAACUCAAGGAGCUGGAACGAAUGCCGGUCAUCGAGCCACCCGAGCAGGACGAUAUCGUCAAGUUUAGGUUGCCAGAGACGGAACGCCUUGCUCCGCCGCUGCUCCAGCUGGACGGCGUGACGUUCGGGUAUACGCCGGACAAGCUGCUGCUGAAGAACGUGUCCUUCGAUGUGACAAUGGACAGCCGCAUCGCGGUGGUCGGAGGAAAUGGAGCAGGCAAGACAACUCUCAUGAAGCUUCUCCUGGGCGAGAUCAAUCCGACGAAAGGCAUGCAGAAGCGCAACAGCAAGCUGCGCGUGGGCUGGUUCACACAGCACCAUGUGGACCAACUCGACCUAACGCAGUCCGCCGUCGGAUUCUUGGCAGCACGAUUCCCGGGCAAGACCGAACAGGAAUAUCGGCAGCACCUAGGCGCUUUUGGUAUUACGGGUAUGACGGGAUUGCAGAAAAUUGCAACGCUGUCAGGAGGACAAAAGUCUCGCGUUGCCUUCGCUGCACUUAGCCUGCUGCAGCCCCACAUCCUCAUUCUUGACGAGCCAACGAACCACUUGGACAUCGAAGGUCUUGAUGCGCUGAUGGAUGCCAUCAAGCGCUGGAACGGCGGAAUCAUUUGCGUGACACACGACGAGCGCUUUAUUUCGGGCGCGCUUGACGAGCUUUGGGUCUGCCACGAUGGCACCGUCGAGAAAUUCUACGGCAGCGUGUCCAGCUACAAACAACUGAUCGUUUCCAUGAACAAGCAGAGGGCACGACCUAUGUAGAUGUGAACCAGCAAAUUGCACUCUGUGCAUCCAAUGAGCGUGCAAUAAUUCUUAUCAUAAAACCUUCUCCCCCCCUUGUUGACCCCAUUCGAAUCGAUC